AUGCCGAAGGAGGUCAAGCAGAAGAGCGGCAUUGCCGCAGGCCUCAACUCUGGUCACAAAGUCACCCCCCGCCAGCCGAAGCCGCGGGUCUCGCGCAUGAAAGGACACCUGAGCAAGAGGACCGCAUUCGUAAGAGAUGUCGUGAGAGAGGUUUCCGGCCUCGCACCCUACGAGCGCCGCGUCAUCGAACUCCUCCGCAACAGCAAGGACAAGCGUGCGCGCAAGCUCGCGAAGAAGAGGCUCGGGACGUUCGGGCGCGCGAAGAGAAAGGUGGACGAGAUGACCAAGGUCAUUGCGGAGAGCAGGAGGGCGGGCCACUAA